AUGUCGUCGCCGGAUUGCCGAUUCCUUCGAAGCCUUUCAUCAUCUCCUGUUUCUCCUGUUCCUUCUUUUGAGUCUCUGCCUCCAUUUUCUUUGCUCUUCCUCCUCAACCUUCUGAAGCACAAGAGAAUCCACACCGGGGAGAAUCCUUACGAGUGCGGAAAGAAGGUCACUCAAUCAGGUGGCCUCACCAGGCACAAGUGCUGCACACUGCACACCGGAGAGAAGCCCCACGAAUGUAACGAGUGCGGAAAGAAGUUCACUACAUUAGAUAACCUUAGGAAGCACAAGAGAGUCCAUACCGGGGAGAAGCCUUACGAGUGUGACGAGUGCGGAAAGAAGUUCACUAAAGUAGUAAACCUGAAAGUGCACAAGAGAAUCCACAUCGGGGAGAAGCCCUACGAAUGUGACGAGUGCGGAAAGAAGUUCACUGAUUUAAGUAACCUAAAGGUGCACAAGAGAAUCCACACCGGGGAGAAGCCUUACGAGUGUGACGAGUGCGGAAAGAAGUUCACUCAAUCAGGUGGCCUCACCAGGCACAAGUGCUGCACACUGCACACCGGAGGGAAGCCCCACGAAUGUAACGAGUGCGGAAAGAUGUUUACUACAUUAGAUAACCUUAGAAAGCACAAGAGAGUCCACACCGGGGAGAAGCCUUACGAGUGUGACGAGUGCGGAAAGAAGUUCACUAAAUUAGUAAACCUGAAGACGCACAAGAGAAUCCACACCGGGGAGAAGCCCUACGAAUGUGACGAGUGCGGAAAGAAGUUAAAUCAAUCAGGUAUCCUUAUCAGGAACAAGAUGCUGCACACCAGAGAGAAGCUCCAUGAAUGUUACGAGUGCGGAAAGAAGUUCACUAAAUUGGUAAACCUGAAGGUGCACAAGAGCGCAUGA